AUGCCUCCAAGGGGCACGGAGGGCGCCGCGCCCUCUUCUGGGGUCCCUGGCCAGUGCCCACUCCCGGAGGUAGACCCAGGCUGUUUGCCCGCAGAUUCGGGGUACCUGCCGGGCACUUUCCGAGGGGCGGCCCCUAGCCCGACGUACGGCGAGGUCAACCAGCUGGGCGGCGUGUUCGUCAACGGCCGCCCCCUGCCCAACGCCAUCCGCUUGCGCAUCGUGGAGCUGGCGCAGCUGGGCAUCCGACCCUGUGACAUCAGCCGGCAGCUUCGCGUCUCCCACGGCUGCGUGAGCAAGAUCCUGGCGCGCUACAACGAGACGGGCUCCAUCCUGCCCGGGGCCAUCGGGGGCAGCAAACCCCGAGUCACCACCCCCAACGUGGUCAAGCACAUCCGGGACUACAAGCAGGGCGACCCCGGGAUCUUUGCCUGGGAGAUCCGCGACCGGCUGCUGGCCGACGGCGUCUGCGACAAGUACAACGUGCCCUCGGUGAGCUCCAUCAGCCGCAUCCUGCGCAAUAAGAUUGGCAGCUUGGCGCAGCCCGGGCCCUACGAGGCGAGCAAGCAGCCGCCGCCGCAGCCGGCGCUGCCCUACAACCACAUCUAUCAGUACCCUUACCCCAGCCCCGUGUCGCCCUCCGGAGCCAAGAUGGGCAGCCACCACGGGGUCCCGGGCGCCGCAGGCCACGUCAGCAUACCUCGCUCUUGGCCCUCGGCGCACUCGGUCAGCAACAUCCUGGGCAUCCGGACGUUCAUGGAGCAAACAGGGGCCCUGGCUGGGAACGAAGGCGCCACCUACUCCCCAAAGAUGGAAGAUUGGGCCGGCGUGAACCGCACGGCCUUCCCGGCCACCUCGGCAGUGAACGGGCUGGAGAAACCGGCCUUGGAGGCGGACAUCAAAUACACUCAGGUAGCCGAGGUGGCCGACCGCAAGCCGCCCAGCCCCGGCGGCAAGGCCCCCGACGGCCUCAGUAGCUUACACGGACUGCCCAUCCCCGCCUCCACC